AUGAAGUACGUCAAUAUUUUGCUGUUAUUUUUACAUUUUUUGAUUGAAAAUGUACUUUUUAAUAUACUUAAUGUGUUGGUGGAACUAUUUUCAGGCCUAAUGAUUUAAAAACGUAUCGUGUAAUAGCAGUAGGCACCAAGGAUAUUGAGGAUGAUCAAUUGGUAUGUUCCUUGCCGAAAGGAGAUGUUCCGGCCAAAUGGCAGUCAAUAAGUCACAACGACAAUUGUAAAUGGCGCAUGUAUUACAUUGAUUGUCAGUUUGCGACAGCUCCAAUGUACUUUAACCUCAAGUACAAGUAUGCACCAUCAACUAUGCCGACGACCCAACUGUAUAUUCGAGAACUUGUGAUAGAAAAAUUGCCGGUUACUGUGUGUUUCAAUCACAUGUUUAUGUUUGAAAAGUGGCAAAAUGCCUUAGCUGCCUUUGAAUUGUACAUUGCUUAUGGUGCUAGUGCUCUAGUGGUACCAGUUCAUAGUGUAGUAGAAGACUUUUACGAAAUCCUGCUUUAUUUCCAAAGACGAUUGAAGGGUUUGAGGCUGAAUAAGAGUGUUUUGUUACCUAAAAUUGUGAGUUACUAUUUACUGUAGAAGAUAUAGGUUAAAUUAUUUUCAGAAAGACCUCGGUUUCGACACGAACUCAGAAGUUGAAAAGGCAUCGUGGCUGUUAAGUGCUAGUGAAUGUUUAUUCUUUUAUCGGCAAGCGUCUGAAUUCAUAAUAUUUGCUGAUUAUGAUGAAGUUAUAGUGCCGAGAUACUCGAAUCAUUUGUACGAAGAAUUAUGGAGUUUGUCACAACAGAAUCCGACUGCCGCUUCGUUUGAGUUUCGGAUUGCUACUACUGCUGCUUAUCAACGUAGGUUUACCUUUAAAUUUAGAAGGAAAGUAUUUAAAUUGCUUCUGAAAAUCUGCUUAAUUUUUGUAUUACUCCGCAUAAAAAACUUAGCUUGCGAUCUUGAGUUUUGAAAAUUGUACAUUUGAAUAUCUGCUUUUGGCAAAUUUGGCAUUGUGUUGCAAGAACGUUUUUUGGUAAACUUUUAUAAAACUUUAAAAUUACUUUUCAAAAUAAUAAAGCCAAUAUUUCCAGACCAAUCCCCACAAAAAUAUAGUGUAAAACGUAUGGUACUAUCAGCCUUGGUCCAAGAAGUCGCUGAAUUUGGUGUGCCGGCCGUUGUUGCCAAUCGUACUGGACGUCCUUUCCUUCAUUCGCCAUUGGCCAAAAUUGACAUUGGAGAUUAUGAUCAUAAGUUGAUGUCCAAAGAACAUGCAUGGGCUUACAAAUUCAACUAUCCCUUCUUUAAUCCGGUAUUGAAAGACGUGAGUUACAGUAUGCUUUAAUAAUCAUAAGUGAGGUUACGGCGGUGUAAUGUGAUUAUAGUGUAAUGUAAUAUUUAAUUAUCAUAGUGUAUUAUUAUGUUAAUUUUUUGAUAGUUUUUUAAUGUUACACUGGGGUUACACUGAGUAUUAUGAUAUACUGUGAUUAUAUUAUACUUCUAUUACUAUGACACUUUGAUCUUUUGUAUCGUAAUAUGUCUUUAUGGAGGUGAUGGUACAAUAAUAUACUCAGGGUUUUUGACUUUUGUACCGUACGGUAUUGUAAAUCUACUUAAUGUAUUUCGUCUGUUGGUUGUGUGUUACUGUGUAAAAAUAAGGAUUUAGGUAGCAAUACCAUCGUAUCUCGACCCGGAUAGUGAUAUUGUAAACAACAUGGAGAAGAACUUCCACAUUAAGAUUAAGGAAAACAAUGACGUUUAUCAAGUAAGUUAAGUCAUGUAUAUUGAAAAUGAUACGCCUUCUGAUGUGAAUGAUAGAUAGUAUACUUGAUAAAGUUUUAUUGUAGAUCUUUAUGGUAGAACUUGUAGUAGGUCAAGCUACGUAAAAAACUACAACGAUACCUUAAGUUACUAUGAGAAAAACAAUUUGAUACCUAAAAUCAUAAAUUAUUAUCAAAAAAACCUUCAGAAAUACCUAAAACUUCGAAACGAACGAAUAUACGAACGUAAAAUGGCAGGAUGCAUCAAGAAACGGCAAGGAACGCCAGGACAAUGUGAAAAUUCAAUACCAUGCCUACCACCACCAAGUAAGAUAUUACCGCGCUGUGUUGUUAUAGAUAGUCGUGCUACUCAAUAUGCCGAUCCAAGCGGCAGAAACUUUUACGUAGCCGUUCGAAGAGUGUUGCAACGUCAGGAUAACUGUAGAAUCAAGUUCAGAGAUGCUGAGCCGGCUACGUAA